AUGUCGUCCAACAGGAACCAGAACCCCCAUGGGCUGAAGCAGAUCGGGCUGGACCAGAUCUGGGAUGACCUGAGGGCCGGCAUCCACCAGGUGUACACACGGCAGAGCAUGGCCAAGUCACGCUACAUGGAGCUCUACACGUAUCCCACACGCUAAAGGGGGAGGGGACGGGUGAAGGCCAGGUGUACAUGAGGGGAGGGGGUGGAAUUGAAAGGGUUAAAUUGGUAAGGCUGCCGUAAUUUCCCUUUGAGGCGUGUUUAGGCCUACUUCCCAAAGUGGAAGCUCACAACAGUAUGCAGUGUCAUUAUGGUGUUGUGUUCAUGGGUGUGUCCUAGUGGUGCAAUACUAACUGAUGGGCUAGGUCACAUCACAUGUAGAGGUCAGAGUCCUGCUGCAAUAGACCUGAUACCACCACAGAUUCUCUGUUUCUGUCUUAACUCCCCUGCCUGUCAGCCAUGUGUAUAACUACUGUACCAGUGUGCACCAGUCCAGUCAGGGCCGGGGGUCUGCCGUCCCCACCAAGCCCUCCAAGAAGAGCAGUACUCCUGGGGGGGCCCAGUUCGUAGGCCUGGAACUCUACAAGAGACUCAAGGAGUUUCUCAAGAACUACCUAACCAGUCUGCUCAUGGUGAGUGGUACUGUGACAUGGGGAUUCCAUCCUCUCCUGACCCUCUGGCACUUUGAUGACCUUUCACAGAUUUUUUUUAUUUAUUUUACCUUUAUUUAACUAGGCAAGUCAGUUAAGAACAAAUUCUUAUUUACAAUGACUGCCUACACCGGCCAAACCCGGACGACGCUGGGCCAAUUGUGCACCGCCCUAUGGGAUCUAAUGUGUGGUUGGAUACAAGGACAAUAUGGUGCCAAUUCCACCUAUCAUUGUUUACUCUCUCUUUAACUGUUCCUUAUUUCCUUUGGUGACCAAUGCGUCUUUCCAUCUCUACUCUCUCUCUCUCCCCUCCCUCCCAGGAUGGCGAGGACCUGAUGGAUGAGUGUGUGUUAAAGUUCUACACACAGCAGUGGGAGGACUACCGGUUCUCCAGUAAGGUGCUGAAUGGGAUCUGUGCUUACCUCAACAGGCACUGGGUCAGACGUGAGUGUGACGAGGGACGCAAGGGCAUCUACGAGAUCUACUCGGUGAGAGGAAGGGAGGGAGGGAGUGUCUGUGUGUGUGUGCCAAUUUUCAACUGUAAAAGAUGAGUGAAUUAUUACAUUUGCAUUUUAUCAUUUAGCAGACGCUCUUAUCCAGAGCGACUUACAGUUUUUUAGUGAGUGCAUACAUUUUCAUACUGGCUCUCUCUCCUCCAUUUAUCCCUCCUCUUCUCUAGUUGGCUUUGGUAACGUGGAGGGAGUGUCUGUUCAGACCCCUAAACAAACAGGUGGGUAUGAUGAUGAUGUCACAUCUGACUGACACAACACAUGCACGGUAAAUAGAAUCACCAACCACGUCAGUUCAGUGUUUUUCACUGUGUCGUUCUAUGUGUAAGCUGCCAUCUUAUUCUAAGACGGUGAACGUAAUUCAUACAUUAAUUGACUUUACACCGCUCUCUCUCUCUCAGGUAACGAAUGCGGUCCUGAAGCUGAUAGAGAAGGAGAGGAAUGGAGAGACCAUCAACACCAGACUCAUCAGUGGUGUAGUGCAGUCCUACGGUACAACACACAUCAAACCAAUCCAUUUCCAGUUUUCACUUAGACACGUGUUUAUAAAAUAUCAUCACAUUCCAGUACAUCACAGAAUUCUCUCAAUAGAAGUGUCAGAUUGACGGGGUGUGUGUUUUGUUUCCUACAGUGGAGCUGGGGCUGAAUGAGGAGGAUGCGUUUGCUAAGGGUCCUACACUGUCAGUGUAUAAAGAAUACUUUGAGUGCCAGUUCCUCACGGAUACUGAACGCUUCUACACACGAGAGAGCACUGAGUUCCUCCAACAGAACCCUGUUACUGAGUACAUGAAGAAGGUGAGAGAGAGAGAGAGAGAGAGAGAGGAGGGAGAAGGGAGAAGGGGAGGGGAAAAAAGAGGGUGGGAGUAGCAGCAGUGACAGGUGUAGCACCAGGAAGUUAACCUUGUGUGUGUGUGUAGGCGGAGGCCCGUCUGCUAGAGGAACAGAGGCGUGUGCAGGUGUACCUCCAUGAGUCCACUCAGGAUGAGCUGGCCAGGCGGUGUGAACAGGUGCUCAUAGAGAAACACCUGGAGAUCUUCCACACAGAGUUCCAGAACCUACUGGAUGCUGACAAGAACCAAGGUAGGUAAGGGUAGUGGGGGUGGGGGGGUUAAGCUGCUCAACCCAGGAAAUGGAAAAUACAAUAGAGAAUAAGUAUAAGGAGUUAUAUAUGCCUUGCUGUUAUGAGUGCCUCUGUUUUGUUUAGACAAAAGUUGUGUGUACUCAGUCUCUCGCUCUCUCUCUGCUCCCUCAUUCUCUAUUUUUUUUCUCUUUUCCUCCCUCUCUCAGAUCUAGGUCGGAUGUAUAACUUGGUGUCUCGAAUAACGGAUGGUCUGGGAGAGCUAAAGAAACUCCUAGAAACACACAUCCACAACCAGGGCCUGGCCGCUAUAGAGAAAUGUGGAGAGGCCGCUCUCAACGUAUGUAUACACACACACACACACACACACACGCACCCACACACACACACUUACCUGUCUGUCUGUCUGUAUGUGUGUGUUUGUCCCUCCCAGGACCCUAAGGUGUAUGUCCAGACCACUCUGAACGUCCAUAAGAAGUACAACGCUCUGGUCAUGUCUGCCUUCAACAACGACGCUGGCUUCGUAGCUGCUCUAGACAAGGUGCACUCUAGCUUUUAAUAAACAACUUUUUUUCUCCUUAACAAAACGAUGUACUAGGGAUUCCUAUAUAAAUACCCAGAACUGAUGUUGUAGUGUGUUCUCGCUCCAGGCGUGUGGUCGUUUCAUCAACAACAACACAGUCACUAAGAUGGCCCAGUCCUCCAGCAAAUCACCUGAACUACUGGCUAGAUACUGUGACUCUCUGCUCAAGAAGAGGUGGGUGCUCUACUGUAUGGCACUGGGGCUAUUGUCUGUCUGUCUCUCUGAUGUAACUAAUCAUUCACUGUUCUGUUCCCCAGUUCUAAGAACCCAGAAGAGGCAGAGUUGGAGGACACACUCAACCAAGUGGUGAGGACCUACUCUUCGUUCAUAAACCUUUUGACUUUCUCUUCAGAACUAAUUGGAGUUACCAACUCUCAACCUCAUGAUAUCACAAUAAACCUUUCAUACCUUGAUCAUUUGUUCUCUCAACGCUUCUCUCCUCUCCCUCAGAUGGUGGUGUUUAAGUACAUAGAGGACAAGGAUGUGUUCCAGAAGUUCUAUGCUAAGAUGCUGGCUAAACGCCUCGUCCACCAGAACAGUGCUAGCGACGACGCAGAGGCUAGCAUGAUCUCCAAACUCAAGGUCUGUACCACAUAUACACACACACAAGCAUUUAUCCAAUCUCACACAGACCGAUCACCCCAAGGAAUGUAAAAGAAAAUAUGUAAUUUGAAAGUAUUGUGACUUUCUCUCUCCCUUAGCAAGCGUGUGGCUUUGAGUACACAUCUAAACUACAGAGGAUGUUCCAGGACAUCGGAGUCAGCAAAGAUCUCAACGAACAGUUCAAGAAACACCUGACUAACUCUGAACCUCUCGACUGUAAGCACCUGUCGGUCUGUCUAAUAAACCUAAUACUUCUGUUUACCGGUAUCUGUAUUUAUUGUAAAUGUGUUUACAAUGCUAAAUAAUGAGGUGUGUUACAGUGGACUUCAGUAUCCAGGUGUUGAGUUCAGGUUCCUGGCCGUUCCAGCAGUCGUGCACCUUCGCUCUGCCCUCCGAGGUGAGACUCAACUCAAUAACUCAACCUUGUAACGAUACACACAUCACUCCUGUAACGACUCCAACACAACAAAACAUACUCCCCAACAUAUUUAUUUGGACAGUGAAGUUAAAAUUUUUGAUUUGGCUCUAUACUCCAGCAUUUUGGAUUUGAGAUCAAAUGUUUUGAGGCGAUAGUACAGAAUUUGCCUUUUUUAUUUGAGGGUAUUUUCAUAUCUGUUGUACUGUUUAGAAAUGAAAGCACGUCAUGUAUCUAGUCCCACCAUUUGAAGGUGACAUAAGUUUUUGGAAAAAUACUUUGUGUAUUACAUUUAGUCUAAAGUUUGGUAUUUGCUCCCAUAUUCCUUGCACACAAUGACUACAUUGGAUUAUGUUGUGCCCAAUAUAAAUGAAUGCUAAAUAAUGUAUUGUGUAAUUUUAGUCACUUUUAUUGUAAAUAAGAAUAAAUGUUUCUGAACACUUCUAAAUUAAUGUGGAUGCUACCAUGAUUACGGAUAAUCAUGAAUGAAUCGUGAAUAAUGAUGAGUGAGAAAGUUACAGAUCCACAAAGAUCAUGCCCCCAAAACAUGCUACCCACUCACCAUUACCAAUAACAGGGGAGGUACAUUUGUUUGGGGGGUAUGAUAUUUAUGCCUCUAACUUUCUCACUCCAAAUACUUAUGACCCCUUCAAAUGGAAGGACUAGAUUAAAGGUAAAAUAAAAAUACAUAAAGUGCUUUAAUUUCUAAACGGUAAAACGGGAUAUGUAAAAAAUAAAGUCCUUAAAUAAAGGUGACAUUCUGUACCGUCACCUCAUAUAAAACACUUGAUCUCAAAUCCAAAUGAUAGAGUAUAGAGCCCAAUUAAACGUUUUAGCGUCACUGACCAAAUAAAUACGGAAGGGAUAGUAGGCCUAAUACAGCAACCUCUCGUCCUCCAGUUGGAGCGUAGCUACCAGCGGUUCACCGCGUUCUACGGCAGCAGACACAGCGGUCGGAAACUCACCUGGCUCUACCACCUGUCUAAAGGAGAGCUGGUCACCAACUGCUUUAAAAACAGGUACAGAUUUGAUACAAGGUCACUAGAGUUCAAUAAAGGCUCUCCAUACUUCACUAGAAUCUGGAGAUGUACGACAUCACUGACUUUAAUCCAUUGUAUGUUCAAGGUACACUCUGCAGGCCUCUACCUUCCAGAUGGCUAUCCUGUUGCAGUACAACACAGUGGACCUGUACUCCGUACAACAACUCACUGACAGCACCCAGAUCAAAACCGUGAGUUAUGCUGAUACUGUGCUCUAAAUAGAGCUGUAUUAAAUCUAAAUAAACGCUUUUAAAUGACCCCUGAUGAGAUUGGCACAUUUGUAUGUUACUGGCUGUGAAUAUUGUUUUUACCGUUUUGUGUUGUAUUUUAGGACAUUCUGGUUCAAGUGUUGCAGAUCUUGUUGAAAUCCAAAUUGCUGGUAAGUGCAAGUCAAGUAGAAUGUGUUGUAUAACGAUAGUCUGUCCACUAGAGGGCUCUGGACUCUGCAGGAUAAAUGCCUAAGCUUACAAGCUUACAAGCUGAUUGGAAAGUAGUCAUUUGUAAUGCGUCUCUGUGUGUGUGUCAGGUCCUGGAGGAUGAGAAUGCUAACAUAGACGAGGUGGAGUUCAAACCAGAAACCCUGAUCAAACUCUUCCUGGGAUACAAGAAGUAAGUCCCCUCUGUUUCUCCUCCUUUUGUGUUCUGUCUGGUUCUUGCGUGUUUUCUCUGUCUAAGCAUAGAUGUAAUCCUAAAACAAUUUUUUGUUCAUGUCUCCAGUAAGAAGCUGCGUGUGAACAUUAACGUUCCUAUGAAGACUGAACAGAAGCAGGAGCAGGAGACCACACACAAGAACAUAGAGGAGGACCGCAAACUCCUCAUACAGGUGUGUGUGUGUGUGUGUGUUCCCGACCGCCAAUGUUUGAAAUGUCAAACUGUACUGAAUUUCUCUUUCAGCAUGUACCACUAAGUAUUAUGAACUGUGUGUGUAGGCUGCCAUAGUGAGGAUAAUGAAGAUGAGGAAGGUUCUGAAACACCAGCAGCUCCUGGCUGAAGUCCUAAACCAGCUUUCGUCCCGCUUCAAACCCAGAGUCCCUGUCAUUAAGGUAACACACAAACUCUUACCUGUCGCAGUACAUUCUCAAAGGACACUCACAUUGCACCAACUGUAGUAUUUUAAUAUUUUUGUCUUAAAGUACAUCCCUUUUUCCUCCUCUUUCUCUGCUACUGUUCUGUCUCCUCUGUAGAAGUGUAUAGACAUCCUGAUAGAGAAGGAGUAUCUGGAGAGAGUGGAUGGAGAGAAAGACAUGUACAGCUACCUGGCUUAACCCGCCCCCUCCCCUCCCCUUUUAUUUUUCUUUGUCGUUUUUUAAUGUCCGAGUAAUAAAGUGUGGUUCUUCUGACUGGCAGACAUGUUGUGAGGAGUGUGUGUGCUCAGUGGGACAUAUACACAUGGACACACUAUCUUGUUUUGAUAUGCAAAUAUGAUCAGACCCCAUAGCAUAGUGCGAAGUCCAACCAGAGAGCUGUGUCCACGGUUAUAGCAUGCAACUGCCUCCCUGCUAGCUUGGUCUCAGAUUGAGGGGUAUCCUUCGAAGCAGGUUUGAGGAGUUAGGGUGGUAACUUUGGUCAACUGAGUUCAACUCGGGAUAAGCGGGUCAUAGGAAAGUAGCUCACCUUUUUAGCCAGGUACAUUUAUAUGGCAACAAAUCCUUCAGAACUAACCUGCUCUGGGGCAGGCUAAUUCAGGGCUAACUCCAUUUACCCUAAAUAAGUCUUGAGUUGAGGACCAAUGAAAUCAGAUUCCCUCCCUCUUGCAAAGAUUGCCUCAUCCCCUUCAUUUCAGGAUGACUGAUAUUUGAUUAAUCAAAUGUUUGUGUUAAACGUUACAAUAUCACAUUACAUAUUUUAGUAAUGUCAGAAUGCAUUUUAAACUUAAUGCAAUGUAACUUUUGUAUGACUUAAUACAAAACAUUUGAUAUAUAUGAGUGGAGUGGGGGGGGUGCUUAUGCAUUGAUCAGCACACCAAAGCCAGAAUUAAACGACAUAAUUUUAAAUAAAGAAGGCCCUUCUAAAAGCCUAUUUCACACCACAGCCUGCUGGAUUUGCAAGAUACCAUUUCAUGCAUUUUGAUUUCGGCACAAAUGAAAAUGUGACACUGCCUCGCCCAUGGAUUGAUUUUUCAGCAUUGUCUCAAUUAAUUCGCCGUUCGACUAGCAUUGUGCGAUAUGCACGCAGUUACAAGCCUGCUAGAGUUAGCGGCAGGCAGACAAGCAAUAUAUGCCGCUGUAGUGUACGAAUGAAGCCUGAGCUGGUAUGGUGAAGCUAGUUAGCUUUAGAAAACCCGGAGUAGCUCUAGCUUGCUUCGUAGGAUGCUCUAGCUUGCUUCGUAGGAUACUCCUCAGGUGCUGUAGCAGCUAACUAUCGUUAUCAUGCCAGACAAAUUGCAGACUGGCAUGACAACACAUGCACUAGGAGGAGUUGGCUGAAGCACACAACUGGACCAGCAGGCUACCUCCAUAAAGCCAGAGUGGAGAUGGACUAGCCUAUAUGGAGAGAUAACUGGUUGUACUACCGGUCCGGAUGAAGGAAAUCAGUUGUCUGCAUAAAAUGGAGACGCCCCUGCGAUUUAGAUCUGAGUCUGAGGGCUCUAUUCAAUCUGUAUCGCUGAAGUUCAGCGGAGACUGCAUUCACGGUAAACGCUGCAUAUGUCGUCUCAAUCAGAAACUACCUUUUAAUUUCUAUCGCGUAGAGCACUGAAUCAGCACUUCUGGAGAGUGUUGGACCUACUGAACUAGUGCCCCAUCCCAAACCCACCCCUAGCCUCUUCCCCCCAGGGUCAGGGUUUCAUAUGGGAUUGGGCCUGUAUCAUCACUGCAAUGAGGAAACCAUUUGUAUAGUGUGGUUAAUUUUACAAAUGUGUGCUAAAUAAAGUCAAGGUUUCUCUACAGCGGUCUUGUCACUGGCUGGGUUGUUACUUACACCGAGAUGUUUUUUUAUUUCACCUUUAUUUAACCAGGUAAGCCAGUUGAGAACAGGUUCUCAUUUACAACUGCGACCUGGCCAAGAUAAAGCAAAGCAGUGCAAUAAAAACAACACAGUUACAUGUGUGUGCAUUUUCAUUAUAGCAUUGUAUAGUCUAUACUGCUUGUUUUACACUUGACUCCUUAUUUGAAAGGAAUUGUUUGUGCAGUGUAAUGUCUGCCAAAUUACUCACAUUACUGAAGUGGUUUCUGUUAUUUUAUUAUGGAUCACAUUGAACAAUACUCCCUGUAAAGACAGUAAAAAUCAGCACCUUGGAAAUCAGACAGAGUAGUGGUCCCGGCUAGACAACUGGAGGAAACAUAACACAACAUUCAAUAUAUAAUUUCUGUGUAGAGCAGUUUCCCUGUUCCAUAUGACAGAAGCACCGCUGUUCUAUGUAGUAGACCUAUAUUUCUAUGAACAUUCUGUAAUUUUUAAUCCCACUGGACGCCAGCUGGCUCUACAACUCAGGAAGUAUACAUCCUAACAGAUGGGCGAGACACUAGUCCUCGGGAGCUGCUGUGUCUGCUGGUUUUCCAGUCAGACAGGUGUGAGCUAUCUGUGACAUUGAAUCAAUGGAUCUCCCAAGAACCAGAGUUCCUCACCCCUGUACUAACACGAGCAACAAACUACUUAAAACAAAGGAGAGUCAGACUUCUCCCAUCUACUAAACACAACCGUCAGUCAUCUAGAUCUGUGUGUAGGCCUUUACAGAACCCUCUCAGCUGCUGGUAAAGUUGACACUAAGUUACAGUUGUAAAAACAGGAGAUAAAUCGGAGCAGUUUGUCCCACUGCAGGUGAAGACAUGAACAUUACUUAACAUUAUUCAAGGCUGGUUGUAUUGGUUGAAGUCUGCAGUAUUCACAAGCACCAGGCGUCACUAGACUAUAGUAGCAGUGAGGUCUUCCCUGGACUAUAAACAUGGAAGCUUUCGUCAUCAUGCAUUAAUCAGAUUGUGGACACAUCAAUAAAUCAACACUUAAGGGCUCUAAUCAAGUGACUAUUCAGUGUUCUAACGACAAGAUUCAAGGCACAGCAGAAGUGGAUAUCUGGGGGUGUUUACAAAACCUCAAGGUUUAGUAUGUGAGAAAACAUCACACUGUCUUAGCACCAUCUAGAAUAGAGAUUGCGUCAAAGCAUGCCUCAGGUGGUCAAUGGUCAUCAAAAGUUCAAAACAUGAAGAAAUAAAAGACAGAAGAUAGUUUUAGGAAUAAACCAGGAUAUUAAAAAAUAUAUAGUGCUAUAGUGCUGCUGGUCAACAGUACUGCUAUCACCUCAGAUAUCAGGAUAUAGUCUCAAAACAAUGUUCCGGCAUUCAAGAGUGUGUCUGGGAGUUUGAGACCAAGGUUUGGACACUGGCUAGGGGAGGGGAAAAAGUCACCAGUGACAGCUCUUUUAAACCUGCAUUUAGUCUAGCUGGUGGUCAGGGGCUAAGUAAAAUGUUCUCAACAACCAGUUGUUAUGGUUGAGUCAAUGUGUCCAUGGAUUUGGAUCAAGUAUAAAAAGUAUCACAGCGCUAAAGAGAUCCCCUCAGUGGAUUUAUUAAGACCUGUUUAUGUGUGUUUGUUAGCUGUAAAUGGAGGAAAGACAGUUCUAGUGACCGUAGCAAUGAGUCCCACAUAUCCCAGAGAACAGGAAGAUUUGUUGGUAGAAAAACUAUUCAAAGUGAGAAAAAGAGUCAACUUCCCAGAAUUCUUGAAGCAUCCAGACAAUUAGUAAUUUGUGUUUCCUGAAGAGAAGAGUGUGUGUGUGUGUGUGUAUGUGUGUGUGUAAGGCCUUUGAUCCAGAGGAGGUAGAAGAGGGGAUCAUGGCAUCUCUGAUUCCCGCUCGAUGCCGACGUACUUCAGAGCAUCAGCUUGACUGUACCUGAGAGAGAUAAACAAGACGAGUUAGGUACAGAUGUCAAAUCAACCACAAAGUGUGUGAGUAUGUGUACGUAUAAGUGUCUGUCAGUGAGACACCCUCCUCACAGGGUAUUCAGAUUGAGAUGGCUGGUAAGGCUGCAGACUGGCUGGUUAGUAACACUUAUACUGACCGGUAGUCAAAGAAGAGCUCUUCUCCAGUCUGUAUGGUUCUCUUAGCAAAGAUCCCUAUCCUGUGGUCCCCAUUCACCAUCAUCACUGCAGAGAGAGGAGGAGAGAGACUGUUAGCACAACACAGAGGUCUCAUCAGUGAAUCUCUACAUCAGAGUGUUAUGUCUGUUGGUCCCAUCUGCCGGUGUUUUAGGUUAUACACACCAGACUGGAUGGAUCAGCUGAGAUACUAUACAUCUGGUGGUUUAAACACUGCUGUAGCACAGUUUCUAGUCUAAUCCUCUGGGGAAACAUUCACCCAAAAUCAACUAGUGAAAGUGUUUAAGGCAUUGUCUGACCUUUUGCAUAGCAGUUGGGGUGGACGGAAUGGUUGGCGAAACGAAUCUUGUUUCCUUUCCUAGUAGCAUCCACUACAAAGUCUGGGUGAGAGAGAGAGAGAGAGAGAGAAAGAAUUAGCUUUCCCUCCCAGCUUUUCAAAAACAUUAUUUCAAUACUUUUGUAUGCGUGUGUGUUACCGUUGUUGAGGUUGAAGAGGAAGCUACACAUGUAUUUGUCAUAGACCUUCCCUCUGCGAUCCGCCUCAUCUUGGGAGAUUAUCUACAAAGAAGGGAGAGAAACACACAAACACAGAACAAUUAUUUUCCACAGGCUUGUAUAUUACACACAAGUAAAUAAAAACCAUCACCCAGACAGAGACAAACACAGGGCCGAGCCUCACCUCUCCACAGUACUCAGAGAUGAACUCGUUCUUCUGAACUGGCUCUUUGAUGAAGAUGCCCCAGCCUGCUACGUCAGACGGAGCUAGGAGCAGGUGCUGAGGGGGAGGGGAGGGGGGGUGAAUCACAAGAGAGAGCUACUGAUAUAAAGUGUGUGUGUCCGUGUGUGUGUGUGUUACCUUCUUGGCUCCCCUCUGUAUGGAGCAGUUUUUACAGGAGACGUUCUUGCUGUCCCAGUGUUCAGCGGCUCCACAAGUCAGACAGAGGUCGGGGUCACACUCUCUGACCGCAAGGUAACAUGGACACUGUUUAGUGUUACACUGGGCCUUACACCUGCAGCCUGGGAAACGGUUCUGACCUACACACACACACACACACACAAGGUUAGAGUGUGUGGACUGGUUUGCACUGUAAUGUAAUUGUGGAUCCAAAUAAAGUAUUUAAAAAUGUCCUCACACUCAGAGCUGCACUGGCAGAAUUUCUCACAGAAGUUCUGAGCAGUGACGCAGGGACAGGAGGAGUCACAGGGCUGGCGGGGGUGGUCACAUGGCUGGUAAUUAUACACGUGGUUGGACGAGCCAUCUACAGGAGGGGUUAAGCACAGGACAGUGCCGUCACACAAAGAUAAAAACUGAUAAAUUCAUCACAUUGAUCAUAAGAACACAUUCAAUCACAUUCAAAGAUUGAGUGAGGCUGCCAUGUUAGGAGAGAUCUAAAGAAAAUUGUCACCUUUCUUCAGUUGGAUCUUCCUGCAGUGAGUGGCCCACAACCUGAAACAGUAGAUCGGUCAGUAGUCUUUUCCAUGGAUGUUGACAACCAGAGCUUCUGACUAUGUCCUGCAGUCAGCCCAUUACUGUACCCUGAAGUAGUCUGUCCAUAUUUGGGCAUGGUGUACCUGUGUUUCCUCUUCUUCUUGCGAGGGGGCGUGUCUUCGUCCUCGGCCGGAGCGCGAGCGAUGAUACUAGACUCCUUCACUCUGAACUCAUAUACCUAGAGACACAAUCACACAUUACCAGACAAUAUACAAAUUGUCUUUCCAUAAAACCUGCCAAGUAAAAAGGAAGGAAUCGGAGAGAAAGAGAUAGUCUUCUAUAUCUUCUUCCGCAUGGGUGCUGUCGUAAUACAAACACACCUGUCUGCAGGUCUUGGUUCCUAUGAGCCGUGCUAUACAAACACACCUGUCUGCAGGUCUUGGUUCCUAUGAGCCGUGCUAUACAAACACACCUGUCUGCAGGUCUUGGUUCCUAUGAGCCGUGCUAUACAAACACACCUGUCUGCAGGUCUUGGUUCCUAUGAGCCGUGCUAUAGCGCAGUAGUUGUCAUAGUAGGUUCCGAUGAGAACCCUAAAGAGUGAAGCCUCGGCUCCGCUCCAAUCGACAACCUGAGGAUCACACGUCAGCUUCAACUUCACUGGAGUCUGGCACCGUGAGUUACCCUCUGGAAUACACAAAAGGCAAUGGUUAGUGUGUGGGUGUGUGUAUAGGACUGGGUAUGGAGUUUGGCUGGCGUGUGCACGUGUGUAUGUACCUGAACUACUGGUGGUCUCCUCCUUCUUAUCAUCAUCAUCAUCAUCUUUGUCGUUGUCGUCGUCUUUCCCCUCCUGCUCACUGUCCGUGUCUUUGGUAUCCGUGGAGACCGUUGGUGUGCUGGGCCGGCUGUUGCCGCUGGGUCGUCCCCGGCGACGGCUCACGGGGCGUUUGGAAGGGGUCUUGGACCUCUCAGUUGCCAUGCCGUCAGGGUACUCCCUUACCAAACCAUCCUAGACAACCACCACACAACAACAGUCAGAACUGAAGGUGUGUGUGUGUGUGUGUGUGUGUGUGUGUGUGUGUGUGUGUGUGUGUGUGUACUUGCCUGCACCAGGUACAUGUAACACUCGUCACCACAUGGUUUACUGUCCACCAGAUUCUCCAUGUUCUUACGCUUAUAGGUGUUAGGAGUUGCAUGGAAGGCUGGAGAGAGAGAUACAAAGAGGAGAGAGAUGAGUGGUCGUAGUGAAGUCAGAGUGUUGGUGCAGAACAGUCCAAAUGUGGUGAGAGAGUGUGUGUGUGUGUCUGUGUCCGUACACUCACGGUGCAGGAAGCAGUCGUAUUUGAAGCAGCGUCGGCAGAAGAGUGUGUGGAAGGAGUGUAGACUCUGUUCUCUCUGAACGGAGCGAGCGUUAGGACCGUCCAUGUUAGGAGUACACUCUGGAGGCAAUGCACCGGGCAACUGGGGCUCUGUCAGCUCCUUGUACCUGAUAACAUCCACACCAUUAGAUCUGAGACAGGACAGGAAUAUGCACUACUGACAGACACACGGGCUGGCACAAUAAUCGUAUUAUCGUGUAACCAACAAUUAUGGACAAUAACUGAGCUUUAAAAAAAUGAUUGUCAUAAUCAUCUUCAUAGAUUCAUUUUAGGAAUGGGGGGGGGGGGAUUAAUCUAUAUUUUCAAGUAGAUAUAGUUUACCCAAUAGCAGUUUCUUUUUUUACAUCAAGAGGGUAAAGUUGGUAAUCGUUUUACGAGCAGAACGGCACAGUUGGGAGAAGGUUCAUUUCCAAAAGCUCCAAGCAUUAGUUUGAGAGACAGGGGUGCCAUCAAAGCUGUGUUGUAUUCAUUAGGUAUGACAAACCUAAUUUUCAAAGAUGCAUUAUGUACAUUACAAGCUCCAAACAUUUUUCACAAAAUAUGACACUCAUUACAACAACCGUGGCCAUUUGUAUGACAAUUAAUCGUUACUCCAUCAUCGUCACAGCCCUAAUAGAUACACAUACACUUUAUAUGAAACACACACACACAGAUGGGUAGUUACUUUUCUCGAAGUUCCUCUGUUGAGCCCUUAUCAGGGAACAUUGAGGAGAUGGCUUCAAAGAUCUUAUCAGACGGAAACUUCUUAGAGCUGUCACUGCUGCCUUGGCCUGCAAGCAGAGGACACAAAGGGGUUACACACACACAAUUUCUUCCAUCAGUCACUGCGUCAGCCCACACAGGACACAGGAGAGCGUAAGGAGAGAUACAAAUCUGAAAGGACAAGGACCUAGGGGAGAGAUCUGUGAGAUAAAGUGUGAGGGAAUGGUUUUGGGAUAAGGGCCCAUAUCUAUUCUUGGUUGGAUGAUAGCAGUGGCCAUCUUACUGUCAGUGUUGAUCAGGGGUUCCUUUCGGGGGUCCUCGGCCAGGUGGUCCUUCCCCUCACACAGCUCCAUCUUCUCCAGCUUAAACUCCUGCUCUUCAUCAUCAUCAUCAUCAUCAUCGUUGUCACUGUACUGGGUCAGGGCACCCACCAGCUCCACAAAGAUCUCAUCGUUGAUGAAGCCGCACUCUGGAAACACACACACACAGUCAUUUAACAUGAAUACACACCACACAUCCAACAACACAAGAUUUGAUCAUAUCAAAUAUUUGUGUGCACACGUGCAUGUCUUACCCCUGUCUCCGUGAACUUUGCCGUCGUAGUUCUUGAUGAGUUCUUCUAUGAAGGUUCCGUCUUGGUCCAGAAUCUCAUCUCCCAUGUAGGGGAUGUUGUGGAGAACCGUCUCAUCUUCUACCUACAAGGCAGACCA